AUGGAAGAGAAUAACCCAGAAGUAGAGGUGAUUCACGCAUGGUGUGUUCCAAGAUCUCUUAGUACCAGCCUCAUGUACUCUUUUGCUCAGAGGGAUGACAUCGAAGUGCUUGAUGAACCCUUAUAUGCGAAUUUCCUCCGUGCUACGGGAGUGGACAGGCCAUAUCGGGAAGAACUAUUGUCAAAAAUG